AAAAACUGCUGUGAGCGACGCGUAUCCCUUGAACCUUGGUGUUUUUACAUCACAUCGACGGAACAAAACUCUGUUCCGGACCGAGCUGAGCCCACACAGACUUGGCCAAUCCCACGCGGCAUCAGACCACAACAAUGCACUACAUCCGCUUCCUUCGGGCCCCAAAGGUCUUGAAGAAUCGUCGUGGAACCUUGGUCCAGCUGCUCUUCACAAUCACCACUGACCUUGGAGACUCGUUCCUCUUACCGGAGAGGUUUCUUGACCUGCAGGUCGUCGCUGUCGCUGCGUCACCUGAGGGUAGCUCAACAUGGCUCCUCUCGGACCCCGGCCACUUGGACUGGGAGCCUGGCAUGCGCGUUGCGAAGCCGGCUCUCGAGCUGCCUGUUGCUCUUGAGAGAGCUCUUGAGACGGGUAUGAGGGUUCACAUCUGCGUCAGGGCAGCAGAGUCUAUUCACACCGCUGAAAGUGCCCCACGGGUUCUGGCGCUGGCUGCUGAGAAGAUGCGGUAUCGAAAAGAGGCUGCCGCAAAGGGCGCCGUCAUGCCAGCUUGGGUCCCCUUGUUGGUUACCGAGCCUGGUUCAGAAGUGUCUAUCCGAAGACUUCAACUGGGCGACUCACCCGAUGGCCUGGGUACCAUCGAACUUGAGGAAGAGAUUGGGGAGAGCAUCGCUCGCCACGUCUGGGAUGCAGGCGUGGUAGCGACGUCGGCGAUUGUGGGCAUUGAGACGGCUCCCGAUAGCGAGUCCAGCAAUGACCCCUGCAUGAGGACUCUCAAGAACAUCUUUAGUCGCCAAAGGACGAUCCGCGUGCUGGAAUUGGGCUGCGGCGUGGGUAUCCUGAGUGUCGGACUGGCUGCUGUGUACCCCCAGCUUCACGCACCCUCGCCGGGAGACUGCACCAUCCUCAUGACGGAUCUCCCCGAGGCCGAGGAGCGGGCCAGAUCCAACAUGAAGAGGGUGGAAAACUCGCACGUCCGCUUCCAGGAGAAGCCUGUUCGAAUGAUGUACGAGAAUCUGGACUGGGAGGAGGGUAGACAGGGUCGAUUCGGUCCCCAGGCUCGAUCGCAGCCUUGGGACGUGGUGAUGCUGAGCGACUGCACUUACAAUGUCGACAUGCUCCCUGCUCUAGUGGAGACACUCUCGGCCAUUCACGCCAACAACCUCACGCACUUCCCCGAGGGGGAGCCCUUUACCACAAAGGUCUUUUUGGCCACCAAGCCACGUCACGAAUCGGAGGAGGUCUUGUUUGAGCUGAUGGACAAGGACGGAUGGUACAACGUCCACAGACAAGUGAUGCCACUGCCUGUACUUGGAGGUGCGCCUCAGUCUGUCGAGCUUUACCUAUUUGACAAGUCUGGCCUGAGCGAGGACAGGGACCAUGGGAGGGGAGAGCGAGAGAGGGAGAGGGAUUAGGCGUCGAGUGGAUGUUCUGACCGAGUUUCAAGGCGGCCUCAUUGAUUGAGUGCAACACGGCUCCCACCAUCGUACGAGGCAAGGCGAAGAUACUGCCAUUUCUCCGAGAAAACGACAGCCAAUACUCUAGGCAAUGCUUUCGCCGUGACGCCCGAGUAACGACAGACACGGUCAAGAGCCUUGACGACCUUGCUUUGUGGCUGCUGUGAAGCUUCACCAUGCAUGAUAAGACUUCGCCUCUCUUUCACUGCUCAAUGCCAUUGGGGGGUUACCCCGCGUGUUGUGUAACAGCGUUGAUGCGGUUCAGCCUGAUUGCUCAGAAGCGACCACUAGGAUGAGAUGGCGGGGGAGAUGACGGGCAGGGAGGUGGUGUGGUGAUGAGUUGUCCUUCAAGCCCCAUGAACGCAGUGAGGCUCUGCGAUGGCCUCAAAAUGGAGAUUCCGAUAAUGUUGUAUGUACCUUGGGCGAUGAGAUUUAUUAAACGUGGACAUGCCUAGCGAUAAUGGUAGAUUGCUUUUUUCUUC